AUGACAAUUUCUUACGGUGCAUCUUUAGGUAUAAUUUUUGCCUCAACUGGUUUAGGUCUUGCUUGGGGUUUCUAUAAUUGGUUGACUGUUAAGAAAGUCAACUUAGAUGAACAACCCGGCGACGAAGGAAAUGGAUUACGUACUAGAAUGUAAGACGAAGAAUCCAAGGAUGGAGUUCAUGGAAUUCUUGACAUCGGCUAAAAGAUUAAAGAAGGUGCCAAGGCCUUCUUACAUGAAGAAUACAAAUUCUGCGCUAUUAUGUUAGGUGUUAUGGCAUUAAUUGUUUACUUCGCUGUCGAUUCUUAAAAUGAAAACGCUGAAUGGAGACCAUAUGUUGCUAUUUCUUUCUUAGUUGGUGGUAUUACCUCUAUGGUCUGUGGUUACAUCAGUAUGAUGAUUGCUACUGAAUCCAACUACAGAGUAGCUCACUCUGCUAAGUCAGGACUCUCUGAAGGUUUCAAGAUUGCCUUAGCCGCUGGUUGCUCCAUGGGUUUCAUUUUGGUUUCUAUCGCCUUAGGUAUGAUCACUUUACUCAUCGUUAUUUACAAGGCUAUCCAUGUUGGUGACAAAACUCUUUAUCUAGUUGGUUAAGAAGACUAUAUUGCAUAACUUUUUGAAUUCAUUGCUGGUUUUGGUUUAGGUGGUUCAACUGUUGGUCUUUUUGGUAGAGUUGGUGGUGGUAUUUAUACCAAGGCUGCUGAUGUUGGUGCCGAUCUUGUCGGUAAGGUCGAAUAAGAUUUACCUGAAGACUCUCCCAGAAAUCCUGCCACUAUUGCUGAUAACGUUGGUGAUAAUGUUGGUGAUGUUGCUGGUAUGGGUGCUGAUCUUUUUGGCUCUUUCGCUGAAUCUACUUGUGCUGCUUUAGUUGUUUCUGGUCACUCUCUCUAUACUACUGACGGAUACAGAGAUUUAGAUAGUUUACUUUAUCCUUUAAUGGUUUCUGCUUUUGGUAUUCUUUGCUGCAUCAUUGUCUCCUUCUAUGGUGUUUACAUCAAUAAAGUAGAAUAAGAAAGCGAUAUCGAAUCUUCCUUAAAGAAGUAACUUCUUUUCUCUUCUAUCCUCAUUACCCCUGCUGUUAUUGGUGCUGCCUUUAUGAAUCUUCCUAAUGACUUCAAUUUUGUUACAGGAACUUAAAUAGUCGGCAAUGACUUAAGCAAUAUAGUUAAAGAAAAGCAUAGCUACUAAGCUUUCAUUUGCGUUUUAAUUGGUUUAUGGGCUGGUUUAGCUAUUGGUUAUAUCACUGAAUACAUGACUUCUCAUUCCUACAGUCCUGUCAGAGAAGUUGCUGAAUCUUGCAAAACUGGUGCUGCCACAAACAUCAUCUACGGUCUUGCUCUUGGUUAUCUCUCUACCAUUGUCCCUAUCUUCUGUAUUGCUAUUGCCGCUUAUGUAUCUCUUAAACUUAUUGGAUACUAUGGUGUUGCUUUAGCUGCUUUGGGUAUGCUUUCUAACUUAACAAUUGGUCUCGCUAUCGAUGGUUAUGGUCCUAUUUCUGAUAAUGCUGGUGGUAUUGCUGAAAUGGCUGAAAUGGGUGAACACAUUAGAAAGAGAACUGAUGCUCUCGAUGCUGCUGGUAACACUACUGCUGCCAUCGGUAAAGGUUUUGCCAUCGGUUCUGCUGCCCUCGUCUCAUUAUCACUCUUCGGUGGUUUCUUGACUAACGCCAGUGCUUCCAAUGUUGGUACUCAAUUGAAAUAAGCUUAAACUCAAGUUGUCAAUCCUUUAGUCUUCGCUUUCCUUUUGAUUGGUGCUAUGUUACCUUAUGCUUUCUCUGCCUUCACCAUGAAGUCUGUUGGUAAGGCUGCUCUUGAAAUGGUCGAAGAAAUCAGAAGACAAAUUAGAAACGAACCUGGUAUCUUGACUGGUGAUAAGGAACCUGACUAUCAAUCUUGUAUUGCUAUCUCUACCAAGUCCUCUCUUAAGGAAAUGAUUGCUCCUGGUGCUCUCGUCAUUUUAUCUCCCAUUCUUACUGGUAUCUUCUUCGGUCCUCUUGCAGUUGCUGGUUUAUUACCUGGUGCCUUAAUUUCUGGUGUCCAAAUGGCUAUUUCAUCCUCCAACACUGGUGGUGCUUGGGAUAAUGCCAAGAAAUACAUUGAAGGUGGUAACCUCCAAUCUAAGGAAGGUGUUGCCUUGAAGAAGGGUUCUGAAGAACAUAAGGCUGCCGUUAUUGGUGACACUGUUGGUGAUCCUCUUAAGGAUACCUCUGGUCCUGCUCUUAACAUUCUUGUUAAGCUUAUGGCUAUUCUUUCUCUUGUCUUUGCCAGAUUCUUCUGUCUCACUGGCUUCUUAACUCGUGAUAGCGUCCUUGGUACUGACUGA